UGUUGUGGGACGCGUUGAUGGUAGAACUGGGUCACGGUGAAAGGCGCACAGAUCUUCAACGUUGUCUCAUCCGGAUAAUGCUGGUCCGCUUCUGUUGCACAGAGACUUUAUCAAGUUCUGUCAUCGAUCAAGCUGCCCCACUGGUAUAAAAAUCGAUGUACAGCUUUAGAACUUGACAACUGUAAUCGAAUCUCUGGCAUGCGUGAAUCAUCCGCGAUAAAUUGGUUGUAUUACGUCUCCGCGCAGAACAUGCUACUGCCGCGUGUUUACAACCCUUCGAAGAAAACGUCGAUGUCACCCGAGGAAAACGAUGGGCAAGGACAGGAACAGUCGGGGAUUGGCUUGCCUCGUACCGUGACCUCGGCGAAACUGCACGCUACUGGAGGAUUGGUCUCUUUCGUCGGGAUUCCUCAUGUGUCCACCCACGUAGGGAACCUCAUUCUUGGCGAUUCUACAACAAGCUCACAGCGAUCAUUUAUUGUCAUUAAGAAUAUAGGCGAGGGCUCUUUUGGAUCAGUCUUCCUUUGUGACUGGCAUGGAAAAUUACCGCAUGAAGUGCCACCACCCUCUGCAAUUCAUAUCAAUGGCGUUGCGAGGCCGGAAUGGGCAGGUAUGCGUUUGGUGGCCGUAAAGAAACUCAAGCGAAGGUUGGAACAUGGUUGGGACGAGUGCCGGUAUCUCAAGGAGCUCAAGGCACUACGUGCAUUGACCCCCCAUCCAUGCGUCGUUCCUCUCUAUGAUGUCUUUCUCUCAAGUGAAACUUCGGAGCUGUACUUCGUUUUUGAAGCUAUGGAAGGAGACUUAUACCGAUUCAUGAGAGCCCGCAAGGGGCGGCCAUUGACCACUGGUCUUCUGUCUUGCAUCUUUCAACAGAUAGCAGCUGGACUACACCACAUUCACUCUUCGGGUUAUUUCCAUCGUGACAUGAAACCUGAGAAUAUUCUCGUCGCUACCUCAGGACUCUUACAGUCGCAACCAGAUGGAGGUGAACAAGAAGAUGUUGCAGUUAUCUGUAAGAUUGCAGAUUUUGAUUCUGCAAGGGAGAUAUCAAGCGCUCCACCUUACACAGAGUAUGUAUCAGCUCGGUGGUAUCGCGCCCCUGAGGUGCUGCUCAAACAGAGAGACUAUUCUACGCCGGUGGACAUGUGGGCCCUCGGGGCGAUCAUGGCCGAGCUGGUGAACUUGAGGCCCAUAUUUCCUGGUACUGGAGAAGUCGAUCAGAUACACCGAAUCAUCAAAGUACUUGGCGACCCUGCAGAUUAUGGCGUGGGCGAACACGGAAGAUCUUACGGAGGUGGUCCAUGGUCCCUUGGCUUGGAAUUGGCAAGACGUCUCGCCUUCAAAUUUCCCCAGACUGAACCGAGAAACAUAUAUGCGAUAUUCGACAAGAAAAUACCUCGUCGACUUGUCGACUGCAUCUCCGAUCUCCUCAAGUUUGACCCCAGCUUGCGCCUUACUAGUCAACAGUGCCUUGCGCACGAGUUUCUCAGGGAAUGUCUGCCGGAAAAUCUUCCUUGCAUGAUUCCUGGACAAAAAAAAUCACUCUCGACAGCUGUCAACAGCACAUGAGCGUGAAAUAGGCUUUGUAGUACACUGGAACCGUGCUAUUUGACAGUUGCCUAAAUUUGUGUGUUAUCAAUGUGCAGACGGCGUUCAAAACAUCCCUUUCUGAUGUCAUGUACUGUUUCUGUAGUGAUGUACAUGAUGCGACUUUAGAGCUGGACUUCUGCCCCUUGGUCAGUGAGUUUAAUUCUAAAGUGGAUGCCCCUCGUUCUCCGGCAUGUGUAGCCAGCUUCAAGUUUGCCUUUCCAUCGAAA